GUUACUAUAAUAGUAGGGGCGCGGUCUUUUAAGGGUGGGGUGGGAUUUGAGAGUGAGUAUGAAGCAAGCUUCUCUACAGGAAGUGUUUCAUUCAGCUGCCUGUAUACGGUUUACAGCGUCUGAAUAGACUUACGACGUUGGUUUAAACAGUCGCUGGUCAAGUCAGAUCGAGAGAAAAGAAUAAGUCCCGCCUGGCGCAAUGCACCCCCGACCCAUUCCUGCCGUGGUGAUGAUGUUCCUGCAGCUGGGGCUGUUAAGCCUGGCUGUGCACGCCAAAGAAAAAUGCAACGAUACGACGGAAUAUGAAGAUGACGGUAAAUGUUGUAACAAGUGUCCACCCGGCACCUCAAUGACAAAAAAAUGCGAAGGUUCAAAAAAUUCAUCCUGUGCGAAAUGUGAAGAUGGAUACUACAACCACGAGUACAGCAACUUCCAUCCAUGUGAAGUGUGUGCAUCAUGUUCAGUGAUUGGGCAAGUGGAGGUGAAAUCCUGCACGAAAACAAGCAAUCGGGUCUGUGCGUGUCCGAAUGGUACUCACGAAGUGACCUCUGGAGAAUUAAAGCUUUGCUGCAGUAACUGCUCGCCUGGAGAAAAGAUCACGAAAGAAUGUGGAGUUGAUCUGCGCACAAAUUGUACUCCGUGUGAUGAUGAGACUUACAGCAAUGGGAGCGGCAUCUGCAUCCCAUGCACCAAAUGCGAGUCCAGUGAAUAUGAAAUAUUGCCUUGUGCGAAAACAAACGACAGAAGGUGUGAGCCGAAAGAGAGAGUGCGUCACGUGACCGCAAGCAAGCAGCAAACCAAAGAUGAUGCUCGUGUCAACGAUAUCGUGGUGUUUAUUACAGCUGCAUUUGUAGUUGUUGCUGGUGUGAUAAUACUAUAUUCUCAGUUCAAAUGCCGGAGAGCAUCUAUCAUGGACAUGGAGUCUUCAAAGACAAUUUAACUUAUAUCGACAAUUCGUGCAUAAAAUGCAAUGCAAAGUAUUUUACAACAAUAAGAUUAAUCUUUGGUUUUGCUUAUUUCUACGUGACUUUACCGAAAAAAACAAAGAUUAAUUCCUGCAGUUGCGAAAGCAACAACUCGAACAAUAAGAUUAAUACGUAUAAAAAAAGACGUACCGUUAUGAGCUCGUCGGUGCAUUUGUUGUUCCACGUGAACUUGGAGGGUUUCAUUGAAAAGUGCAGGGGUUCCCUUAACUUUUCCAAUUCACGAUCCCACAUGAGUCGCCCCAGAUAAUUUUCUGGGUCCUCAUGCCCACUGAGACUGUGUAUGUGCGUGGGUGGCUGGUGACCUCUACGUCAUCGAAUGCACAAGUAGAAACCAUUGCCAAGAAACGGGGUAAUCGUUACACAUUGUGGAAGCCAUGUUAGCAACAAAGGUACACGUAUCAGAGGAGCCUACCUGUAUGUGGAGGCGUCGGAGUGUGAAACACACGGGGCAAUGGUGCAGUUUUGAAAAUAGAGGCACACAGAAACAAAGACACACAAACAGGAUUGCACUUACAGAAGAUCGUGAUAAUUAAACACCGAUCUCUAUUCUUUCACCAGUGAACAUAAAUACUUGAAAAUCACAAAUAAACUGCUCCCUAAAAUCUCAAUCUCCAGCACUGUAAACGGUCUGGUUUUCGAGAGUAUUACUGCACCACCACAGCUAAUAUGGAUGCAUUACAUUUUCUUUUCAGUAACCUGGAUAAAGGCCACUACUGCCAUGCACUAUUUCUUGUCAAAAGCCUUUGACACCAUUGGCCAUGAUAUUCUACUGACAAGACUUGGUCAACUAAAAUUGUUUAGGCGGUACAAUAAAAUGGUUUCAGAGUUGCCUCUCAGACCGUUUUCAAAAGGUACAUAGUGAUAGCAUCUCAUACACAAGUAUUAAAAUAACAAAGGGUGUUCCACAAGGUUCCAUGCUGGGUCCAAUUCUAUUCUUAUAUUCUUUGCAAGCGUUCAUUAUUGUCUUUCUCAAACCAGGAAUGCAGUGGGAAUAUCAAAAGGUCUGUUCUCCAUAUAUUUAAAAAAUCUUGGAUAAAAAAACAAACUUGCAUCACUCAGAACUAAAUUUAUUUCUUAUGACACUCAUACCAUAUUCUUGGUUCUUUCGGUAAAGUCACGUAGAAGGGAAAUAAUAAAAUAAUUCAAAUGAAAAUAACUCUCCAAACGAAGUUUAACAGAUUUCGAAAACGAUUUCGUCUUCAUUCAAUAUCAAUUAUAUACUUGGUUCUUUCGGCAAAGUCACGUAGAAGGGAAACAAUAUUUUUUAAAUUAUUUUUUGUAUCCCUUCUACGCGACUUUAACGAAAGAACCAAGAAUAUGAAUCUCUGCAGUCACGAAAGCUUUAAAUCAAAAUUCAAUAUCAAUUGUCAUUAAAAUUGCUGCUAAAUCUCCAAAAUUGUAAGACGAGGCUAUUUUUGUUCAAACAAAUCCAGUUUCAUUCCCUUCACCUCUUACGAAUAUGAGAAACAAUUUAAAAAACGGAGUGCUUCAAAUACAUUCCAACCACAUUGAUCACAUCUCAACGAAAAUAAAAAAAUAUUGUUUUCAUACAGAAACAAACAUUUUUUCCCAUUCGAUUCUAUCUGCAAAUUGUUGAAGCUAUCAUUCUACCACUCUUUAACGACUGUGCCACUGCUUAUAGACCAGCUUCGAAUGAAACGCUAAACAGACUAAUCCCGUCAUGGGACCUCCUUUGCCAGUUCCAAAAUAUGAGAAUAGGUUUUCUCCUUUUUUCUGGCAACAAAACAGGUGUUAAGAUUUUGAUUUAAAGCUUUCGUGACU